UGGCGAUGCCAUGGAUUAUGACGAAGCUGCUUUUGAUAAGGGCGGUGUGGCUGGUGGUGGCUACCUGCUUGGUCUAAUCGCAUUUGCACGUAAAUUUGCGCGUAUCAUAAUUACAAUUUCGAUGCUCUUCUGUAUUAUAUUCAUCUCGUUCUAUUGCUGCUCCGAGUCGAGGACAACAAUUACCGCUUUAGCGCCACCAAUGACACCUCCAGCAACAACCAUUGCGGUACAUAUGAGAACACAUGCGCCGCAAGCACACAGAAGUUGGCCAACAAAUUGAUGUAAUAAUGAAACGAGCUCACAACCAUUUUGAAUAUAUAUUUCUAUAUAAUGCACUAACUUAAAUAAUUAACGGGACAAUAUAAAAAUGUCUAUGUAUGUUAGGUGUGGUACGUGGAAAGAUUUUAUAAAUGCCGUCAAAAUGUGUGCAAAACUGACAUACAUACGUAUGUAAACAUUACAUACAUAUAUAUGUAUUUAGUAUUGUGCUACAAACACAAAAGUCAUCGAGGGGUAGGUCUUUUGCAUUUCAAUAUAAAGUGGAGCGAAAUCAUGCACAAAUAUUUUAAAUUAAAUAAUAAUAUUAAAAUUUGUAAAAUUCUUUAGAUUAUUUUAUGUCGCCAGACGAUAGACGAUGUAUAACUUAGUUUCAUGUUUAAGGUGUACUAACAUGCGUUCACCCUUCCAAACAACGCAAAGGAUUGCUAUUUAAAUCUAAUUAUAGAAAAUCCAAAAUACCGGUAGCUAAUUUUAUAUACACACGUUCAUAUAUAUAAUAUAUACACAUACUAACUGCUGGAAUUACUCAUAUUAUUGACUAUUUAAUAACUAUACAAAACGUUGUACAUACAAAAUGCCAAUAUAUACAAAAUUUUAUAAAUACAUACAUACAUAUAAAUGAA